ACCACGCCGUGUGCGGGCAGCGGCAGGAGGGCGGCCGCCAUCUUUAGUGCGGGCAGGAGCGGCGCCGCGGUCCCGAUGCCGGCGGAGAAGAUGGCGCUGGACGGCCCCGAGCAGAUGGAGAUGGACGAUGGCAAGGGCGGCACAGGGCUCCGGCAGUACUACCUGUCCAAGAUCGAGGAGCUGCAGCUCAUCGUGAACGAGAAGAGCCAGAACCUGCGGCGCCUGCAAGCACAGAGGAACGAGCUCAACGCUAAGGUGCGUCUGCUGCGGGAGGAGCUGCAGCUGCUGCAGGAGCAGGGCUCCUACGUGGGGGAGGUGGUGAGAGCCAUGGACAAGAAGAAAGUGCUGGUCAAGGUGCACCCAGAGGGCAAGUUCGUGGUGGAUGUGGACAAGAACAUCGACAUCAACGACGUGACCCCCAACUGCCGCGUGGCUCUGCGCAACGACAGCUACACCCUGCACAAGAUCCUGCCCAACAAGGUCGACCCUCUGGUGUCCCUCAUGAUGGUGGAGAAGGUUCCAGAUUCCACCUAUGAGAUGAUUGGGGGCUUGGACAAGCAGAUCAAGGAGAUCAAGGAAGUGAUCGAGCUGCCGGUCAAGCACCCUGAGCUCUUUGAGGCGCUGGGGAUCGCCCAGCCCAAGGGUGUGCUGCUCUAUGGACCCCCUGGCACAGGCAAGACCUUGCUGGCCAGGGCCGUGGCUCACCACACCGACUGCACCUUCAUCCGCGUCUCGGGCUCAGAGCUGGUGCAGAAGUUCAUCGGGGAAGGUGCCCGCAUGGUGCGGGAGCUGUUCGUGAUGGCCCGGGAGCAUGCCCCCUCCAUCAUCUUCAUGGAUGAGAUCGACUCCAUCGGCUCCUCCCGCCUGGAGGGGGGCUCUGGCGGGGACAGCGAGGUGCAGCGCACCAUGCUGGAGCUCCUCAACCAGCUCGACGGCUUCGAGGCCACCAAGAACAUCAAGGUGAUCAUGGCCACCAACCGCAUCGACAUCCUGGACUCAGCCCUGCUGCGCCCCGGCCGCAUCGACAGGAAGAUUGAGUUCCCUCCUCCCAACGAGGAGGCUCGCUUGGACAUCCUCAAGAUCCACUCGCGGAAGAUGAACCUGACCAGGGGCAUCAACCUGCGCAAGAUCGCCGAGCUGAUGCCAGGGGCAUCAGGGGCUGAAGUGAAGGGGGUGUGCACAGAGGCUGGCAUGUACGCGCUGAGGGAGAGGAGGGUGCACGUCACGCAGGAGGACUUCGAGAUGGCCGUGGCCAAGGUGAUGCAGAAGGACAGUGAGAAGAACAUGUCCAUCAAGAAGCUGUGGAAGUAGUGGUGAGGCAGAGGCUGCUCCUGGGGCUGUGGUGUCUCCAAUAAAGUGCUGCUCUGGCCCA